UGAGGGAGCACUGGUAUGCCAGGCUCAGUACCUAGCAUGGCUGUGCAGAAGAAGCAGAGUGUCAUCCCUCCAUCGCAGGGACCACUUUCUACACGUACCAUUAAGAGCCAAAGGGUUGGAAACAGACUUGAAAGAACUGGAGAGAAUGGACCUUACUCAAAACCAAAUUCACAAACAAAGAAAACUGCCUCUUGUGUCAAUACAUCUGUCCAGAUUUGCAACACAGUCUCCCCACGGACAGUUGCAGCAAGUAAUGGACUGAAUGUUGAUGAGAGGCUGAAAGCAGCACGAGAAAGAAGAGAGGAACAGCAAAAGUUACUCGCCUCUCGGGAACUGAGCAGAUUGGAGAGGGAACAGCGAGCCAGGCUUUACUAUGAACAACAACUACAGGAGCGCAAGAAGAAACUCCAGGAGCAAAGGCUCAAAGAGGAAAAGCGGCGCACAGCAGUGGAGGAGAAGCGAAAGCUGAGGUUGAGGGAAGAGAAAGAGCGGAAUGAAUCUGCAGUGCGCAGGACGCUGGAGAAGAGCCAAAAAGCUCAGCAACACCUCGGUCAAAACUUAAGAGGAAGGAAGGCAACCAAAAAUGUUCCACGUCGCAUGCCUCUGACAACAUGGGAGAAGAAUCUGGUCAGUCGACUCCUUACCCCCACAUUCUCUUAUCUGGCCAGGAGCAAGAGUGCUGCUUGUCAGUCAGGAAAAGAAGUUGUCCAUGUUUGUCGUCGUGCAGUUUCAUACCACUCCAUGAUUACAUCCGCUCACAAACCUCAGCAUCAUUCCGGUAAAGACCACCACAGGCUGUCGUCUGCCUCGCCCAGUUCUAACAGAGGAGAGCAGAAAAGCAUCGGCCUGCCAAAGAGCAAAGCAGUAAGUCAGAAAGACCAUUUCAAGAAGAGUUCAAACACAGGCUCAGAGAGUAGAUCAUCUGCUUUGGCCGCCUGUGUUAAACCGACCACAGGUACGCAGAAGAGAAAAGCCUCCCCGUCUCCAGACCGGAGCACCCGAAGAUCAGUCAGCAGACACUCGGCCCCGCUGCAGCUGGACCUCCCAUCUGUUCCAGAGGAAGAUGGUGUUGUUUGUGGCCCUGCCCUCUCUCCUGGAAACAAAAGGCCUGUCAGGAGAUCAGCUAAAGAUCAGCAGGAGAAGCUUAAGAAAGAAAAUCCUCAAGAGUCUUCAUGUUCAAACCUGUCUGAGAACUCUCCACAGAGAACUGUGUCAAUCAGAACGGCAGGAGAUGGAAGUCCAUCCAAAAUGCUUCCUCGCACAGCUCCUCAGGCUCCUGAGGUCCCUUUCCGGGCCUCAGCUGGCACAUCAGACCCAGAGGAGGCCUCACGUCUCCUGGCUGAAAAGAGGCGAGAGGCCCGGCUGCAAAGAGAGAAACAGGAGCAAGAACGAUUGCAGCAAGAGGAAGCUGAAAGGCGCAGCCGUGAGGAGCUGGAGCGCAGGAGGGCUGAUGAGCGGGCCAGACAGGAGGCCGAGGCUCGGCUUCUCAUUGAGGAGAAGAGGAGGAGGGAGGAAGAGGAGCAGAGAAGAGCCGAAGAGGAGAGGGCUCAGGCUAGGAGGGAAGCUGCCCUCCUGCAGAAACAGAGGGAGGAAGAAUUAGCCAAAGAAAUGGCACGAGCAGAGCAAAUGAAGCAAGAGCGAGAAAUAGUGGCGCAGAAAGAAGAUGCAGAGCGCCAAGCAAGAAAAAAGAGACUUGAGGAGAUCAUGCGGCGAACCAGAAGAACAGAUUCCCCAGAUACUACGUCUGUACCAGUGAGGAACCUCGCAAAUGAAGCCCAACCAAAGGAAAACACGGAGCCUUCGAACAACGGAACUGUAGCCGUGGGCCCUAAAACCACACAGCUGGGGUUGAACUGUGACGAGGAUAUGGUACCUGUUGUGGCCUUCAAAGAGCGCCGGUCUCACAGAGCACUGUCGGGCCUGGAAGAAAUCCAAAGCCACCAACGAGCAGGGGUGUGA